AUGAUUUAAUUAACAGAAUAAUUCAAAUCUUUAGAAAAUUUUCUCAACUCUAAUUUAUCCUCUCAUAUUAGUAUUAAUAUUUCUAUUAGCCGCAAUUAAAUAGAUGAAGAGGGUCUAUCAAGCUUAGGUUCUGCUUUAGCAUAGUGCUCUAAUCUCUAAAAUUUGACACUUGAACACUAUUUGGUUUAAAUGAAAUCAGAAAGUGCUUCAAAAUUAGUCUCUGAUUUAACAAACUGUGCUAAAAUCUAGAAAAUGGCACUAGAUUUUAGCUCAAAUCCUAUUUAUGAUGAUGGUUUAAAAGACUUGAGUUCUCAUUUAUAUAAAUUCGCUAAUCUCGAAACUUUGGCACUCAAAUUUUAUUCCACUUAAAUUUAUGAAGAUGGAGCCAUUAGCCUAGGUUAAAAUUUAGCAAAAUGUACUAAUCUUAAGAAUCUAACAAUUAAACUCAACAAUAAUUAAAUUCAAGAUAAUGGCUUAUUAGGACUAUGCUCAGGUCUAUUAAACAUCCCUAAUAUAUCAAGUUUGAAACUUAUUCUUGGGAACACAUUUAUUAGAUCAAAUGGUGCAAUGGGUAUAAGCUCUACUUUACCAAACUUCAGUAAACUUAUAGAUUUAACACUCAAUAUUUCAGUUAAUUUUAUCGAUGAUGAAGGAGCAAUAAGCUUGAGUUCUGCAAUAAGAUAGUGUAAAUAACUGAGAUUUUUGGAACUUGAUCUAUGGAAUAAUACACUUUCCAGCGAAUCAGCAAGGAAAAUAUGGAAAAUUAUGAACUAAAUUUUAAAAGCAAAAAGAUUAAUUAAGAAAUUAAUUGCAAUAUGA